AUGCCUCUAACGGGGUCUCGGUCCUUGGGUGUGUCCACUGAGCUGCAGGUGUGUCUGCUGGAGCCUGUGGAGGGCCUCCUGGGAUCAGUGAUGGCUGAGGAGGGAGAGUGUCCAGACUCAGACCUUUAUGUUAGAGUCUCCCUGGAUCGGGGAGCCCCGGUGCAGCUUCUCUUCCAGGUGUCUGGAGCCAACGACAGCAUCUCUGAGACCAGAGACAUGCAAAACAGCAGCAUGCAGGUUUACAAUAUCUCAACCACUAUCCAAGGUACCUAACCUAUCUACUCAAAGUGUCAUCCAACAAACCUUAAUCAGGGAUUAAAACAGUGACAGAUGAAGAUACCUUUUUAAAAAAAAGAUUAUUUAUAAUAUUCUUGUUUAUAUUAUUUAUAUCAGCUGUUUUGUUACAGGAUAUUUGCAAGUGAAAGUCAGGGCCUGGAAUGUCUUCUCACACAUGGAUGUGGAUGUGGGGAACACAACAGCAAUUUGUCACUACAGUUCAGACCUCAGGCGGGAUGACUAUGUAAACGCAGUAUGUGAAAUAGCUAAGUAUUUAAAAAUAUAUAUUUGUUCCCUCUUUAACAUUAAACAGGUAGCACCUUUUUCACUAAUGUGAUGGUAAUUCUUUUCCUGCAGUUUUUCUUCACACAUUUGUUUUCAUCUCCAGACAGAAAAGCAUAUGAGAGUUUGCGGAGCUUAUAACUUGAGAAUCACUGCCAUUCCAGAAACUGCCAGUCAAGACACUGAAAGCGUCAAACUUGAGGUAACUGGCUUAGGAGGACUAUCUAAUGGAAUGCAGAGCAAAUUUGAAUGGGAAUGCAGUAAGUACCACUUAAGGCCUUUAAGCCACAAGGCUGUCGAUGAGAACCCUCUCAUCUCACCCUAUUAUAAAAUGAAAAACAAUGACUGUAAACUUUGUUUUAUCAAUGUAAUUUAAAUUUUCUAUAACAAUCUCAAUCGUUUUUUUCUCUGUUUACUCAGUGUCGUGUCUGUCAUCUUUUUACAGCAUGUCCUUAUGGUGGUAUUUUCUAACCAUUUCCCCUUCUAAUUCCAAUAGAAGAAGACUGUAAGGGGAAGGGGAAAUGCAAUGAUAAAACAACGGACAAGACUCGUUUGAUUGAAAAAGAUUGUCUUCCAAACCCAUUUGAGUUCUUUGAAUACACUUUUUCUGUGAAGAGAAGGGUUAAGAAUGGGAAAUGGGUUGACUGGAUUUCAACAUCCCGAUGCAUCACGGUUACUCCAACAAAAUUCACCAACUUUAGAAUUAGGUAAUAUGGGGAUAGGCUUAAAAUAGUGAAGUGAAUAUAUUUAAACAAAGUCAUGCUAUUUUAUUGAUAACUCCUAUCAGUAUCAUUUAAAAACAGGUAAUGACAAUAGUAUAAAAACUGCUAUUCAAAUAUCCCUAUAAGCCUAUUAAUAAUUCUAGUAUCAUCAUCAUCAUCAUCAUCAUCAUCAUCAUCAUCAUCCUCAGAGAAGUACAGGUAACUGCCAAAAUAAAGGAAACACCAACAUAAAGUGUCUUAAUAGGGUGUUGGGCCACCACGAGCCACCAGAACUCCUUCAAUGUGCCUUGGCAUAGAUUCUACAAGUGCCUGGAUCUCUAUUGAGGGAUGUGACACCAAUCUUCCACUACAAAUUCCAUAUUUUAGUGUUUUGUUGAUGGUGGUGGAAAACGCUGUCUCAGGCGCCACUCCAGAAUCUCCCAUAAGUCUGCAAUUGGGUUGCGAUCUGGUGACUGAGACACACACACACAAACACACACACACACACACACACACACACACAUCUCUACAUCUAGCCAUGGUAGCCAAAAUAAUGGUUAACUGGGCAUUUUUAUACAUGACCCUAAGCAUGAUAGGAUAAUAAUAAUUACGUAAUUAACUCAGGAACCACACCUGUGUGGAAGGACCUGCUUUCAAUAUACUUUGUAUCCCUCAUUUACUCAAGUGUUUCCUUUAUUUUGGCAGUUACCUGUAUAUUGGACAUCAUAAGGAUUUAUGAUGUCCAAUAUACAAGUGGCCAUAUAGUUACUAAAUAUCUAGAAUGAAUCGGGUUAGAAAUUAUUUAGUUAAAACUAUUAACAGAUUUGUAAUCCUUAAGUAUACAACAGGGUUAUUUCAUUAGCAUAUUAAUUAACUGAUUUAAUUAGAAUUCAGAAGUAAAUUGGUCACAUUUACAUUGAGUUGCUCUCAUGCCUCUGUAGCAUGCUGUAAUUAUCCUAAUAAUAAUGUUGCAUUAAAUGCCCAAUAAUUACAUAAUAAUGUAUUAAUUGCUUUGUUAUUACAAAGGUAAGCUGUUUCUGGUACAACAAGUGGAAUAGUCACUGUUCCUAUUUCCAUUUGUGUGAUAACAAUAACUGCUGAAGUCCAUUGCUAUGUAAUUAUGAAGCAAUAAUGAAGUUACUAUGUAACAAAAUGUGAAUCCAAUGUUCUUAUGAUUAUCUAUUUUAUGCUAAAAACGUACCUAUAUUCUUUCAGUUGCCUUGAUAAUUGUAAAAUAGUGGAUGUAAAAAAAGAUGUAAAAUUAAAACUGGACUGUAUCUCCAGUUGCCCAGAGGUAAUUUGGCAUAUUGAAGACCCAAAACCUUCAACAGUAUGUCUGAGAUUCCACUAUUGUUGCAUGCUGAAUGCAAUCAUAUUUUGAUUGAUUUUCAUGUGUGAAUGAGUUUCGUUAGAGUGCAUGAAUCAAUUAAUUGACUAACUCAUGUUGUCUAAUUUGGAGUUGACAUAUAGAUAAAUCUAGAUAAAUAAAACAAAUCGAUGCAUAAACACAUUAUUUGUGGACUGCAUGUGAUUUACUAUACAAUAGCCAGAGUUCAGUGUACAUGAGGACGACAUUUUGAAUUCUGUGGUGUUCUAGGGUGCCCUGCAAAACUGUUACAGCGACGCAGGGAAAAAGCCACUUAAGGAGAGAAAAGAUCAGGACGGUCAGAAAGAGUACAAAGUCAGCAAAAACUAUCUGAAAGAAGCUUCCGAUGGGUUUUCAGAAUCUCAAUGUGAUAGUUUAUGGUGAGUAUCAAUUUCUUGUAUUCAAUGCCAAAAGCAUUUACUGUAAGUACAGGCUAAACGUUUGGUUAAUACAGUUGAUGACAGGAUGUCCAUCAGAUAUGUUGAACUUACAUCAAACUGUUCUUUAGUGUAUUGACAGAAAAAUUAAUGUGCAAAAAAAACUGUAAUAUUUAGACAUUUCCGACUGAUCAAUUACACAUCCCUUUUUCAGUUUGAGCCAAUUAUAGGAGCUUAUUUUGGAUUGAUUCAUCCUCAGAAAGUAUGGACCUAAUGUAACAUGUUCACAAGUGGAAAUAAGAUAUCAAUAUCCCUUUAUAUCACCAUUCUUUAGAUAAGAAAACGUUUGAAUAUGCCAAGUACACCAUUCAGAUACCAGGUGUAACUACUCCUGCACCUGCUGAUACUACACUACCUGUAACCGCUGCUCCGGCUAUCACCUUAAGUCCCCCUUCAUGUAGUAUUUUCCCUCUGAAUGGCACCGUUCUGGAUCCUUUCACUAUCACCUGUACAACACCUACAUCCUGCACAGACGGCUGCCAAUAUUGUUUUAAAACUGACCAAGGUGAGUAUCCCUCUUUGCCACUGUUGUAUAUUUCAGGAGACCUUCUCCCAUCAAAGAAGUUUAGCACCAGAGCCGGAUUAAGAUGAAAAUGCCAUAUUGAUUUAGUAAAAAUAAAUAUCUAUGUAAUCAGAUAGUUUCUAUUCUUUAUCUUUCAGGUAAACAUCUGCGCUGCAGUUCUGUAAAUAAAGUAACGUUAAUCUUCCUACCUCUUGGGGAGAUAAGCAGCAACUACAAGCUCUCGGUAGUGGUGACUGUUACAGAAUUUAACACAAAGACCCGUGGAAGUACCACAUUCACCACUCAGGUUUGUCAAAAGCAAACAAAAUCAAUAAUCAAUUCUAUAAUUUACUAAUGAUUAAAUGUAUGGGCUCUGUCUUGCCUUUCAGCUCCAUAGUUCACAUCCAUUUAGUAAUUGGAGCACUCAUUUAAUUGUUAUCUGGCAAGGUGUGGCCAGCCAAGUCCUGUACUCCAGUGCAGGAGCUCCAAUCUGCAGUGGCGGACACAGUAGCUAAUCUAGGGCAGCAGGGGAUGCUCUCAGGAGAGACCCUUGGACAGAUGUUCAAGUCUGUGUCGGACAUGCUGAAUAAGGAUUCCAGUGAGGAAAAGAAUAACAGGAUGAAGGUAUGAGGAGUGUGUGUGUGUGGGGGGGAUACUAAAUUAAUAUGAACUUUAAGACAAAGAUAGUGGUAUGUUUUGGUAGUUUAAAAGACUACAUGUAAAAGGUCCAAGUUAAGGGCUUUAAACAUCCUUCUUCGAUGUUGGUAUGUCUCCUUAAGCUGCGAGAACAGAUGCUGAUGAAUAUAACUGAAGCACUGGAGAACACCUCCAGCAGCACUCCUCAGAAUGUGCAGCUGACGGCCAGAGCUGUGGCAGGACUCACCAUGCGGGGUGAUGAGCAUAGUCCCAAUGCUCAGGUACACUUGGAUAGACCUAGCCCCACAUGGAAGCAGGGUAGCAUGGAGUAAUGCACACAAACAUAUAGGCCUAUUGGUCAAAAUGUGCCAAGAAUAAAGACUUCAUUUCAGAUGGUCUAUCUUUUCCAGCUUGAAGCUAGCUUCCUGGUGGCAAACCUCAGCUCUUCCCUCCUCUAUAUGAAUGUCAGUGAGCAUUGUGGAGAAGAGAUGGUGCAGGCAGCUACACCAAUUGUAGAGGCAGCCAGCAAUAUCCUGGAUGUUUCCUCAAAUGUGAGCACAUAUUUACCUUCACUUAGUCUAAUGACAGUAAUGAAGCAGCCUUACUGAACAGUUUGUCUUUCACAGAGAGAAGUCUCUGAUUUACUUCUCAAGGGCAUGGACAAUGUGCAGAGUGCACUGUUGAAUGGGAAGAAGGUUGAUGAAGCUCCUGUGAUUGUCAACAGCUCUCAGAUCACUGUGUUUGUGAACAGGUAAAAAUAAUGUGGGCAGAGGACAUAAGAAAGGGAACUAUAGUUUCAGAUAUAAGCAACGAUUGUAAAAGAUCAGAAAUAUAUUUUAAUUUCUGUUACAAUGCAAUGUCUGGAAGAAAUUGCAACUGUUAUGUGGCCUCAAUAUUGAGUGACAGCAUAUCAUGUCCUCUCAGAGUGUCAACAGAAACUAUCCAGAUGCAGUCUAUAAGCAACCCAAUAAGCUCCUCUGCAAGCUUUUCCUUCCCUCACCUGGGUGCUGAUGUCCUUUCUCCAGAGGAACCAGUGGAUGUGCGAGUAAGUGUGCAUGUGGGCCUAUAUACUGUAUGUAUGUAUUAUCAUGAGUCAAUAUGCAUGAAAGGGAUUUUCAUUGCGUGAAUUGGUAUUUUUGUACUUGUUAGUUUUGUUGAUGAAUAAUUAGGUAUGGUUUUUAAACCCUCUCUCUUGAUUCACUAUUUCCCACUUGUUACAGAUGCUGAGUUUGAAGAAGAACCCAUUUUCAUGGAGCGAGGAGAACAAUAUUACUGGCACUGUAGGGUCUGUCUCCCUGACCAGAGGAAAUGGUUCUGUCAUCCCCAUAGAGAACCUAUCUGAGGAGAUUGAGGUCAGAGCGCUGCAAAUCCCUGCAUAUUCUAUGUAAUUUGAGAGUACAACAACUUUACUGUUGCCUUAAUAAUGCCCUAUGAAAUUAAAGACAUAAGAUUGCAGAUCCUGGAUCAGAUAUCAGUGACGAAUGACAUCCUGUUGUAUAUAAGAAAUUAAAAUCUCAUUAUCUCUUCUUUGAAAAACAUAAUCUCUUCUUUGAUGCUCAGAUAUUCUUGCCAAGGCCUGAAGGAGGGCAAGCAAACAGCACAAUAAUGUACUUGGGAAACUACAGCACACUGAAGAUCGACGGCCCUUCACCUAAUGUAACACUGGUGCUGAAGAUAAAGUAAUCGAAGGACAUAACCUUUCAACUGUUGUUGGGGUACAAAGACUACCCAAACGAUAAGCAAUACAUAGCCAAGACUCAGAUGCCUCACCAGAGCAACACACAAGGUGAUAAACCUCCUGAACGUACAUAUGAAUCACAUAGACAUAACAAUUGUGAAGCAUGAUGAACGGAUAACAUUUCAUGUUUAGAAAUUGUAUGUGUGUGUGUGUGUUUUGCGUACAGAGGAGAAAUACACCUGGGUCCCAAUGAUUUGACAGGAAAGGUUGGGAAGCACUACCUUGUGGUGAGGCCCAUUGUAGAAGCAGGGGUUAAAUCUGUCAAUGCCACUGUGACUGUCACCUCCAUUACUGCUCAGUGCAAAUAUUGGAAUGAAACCAUAUCCACCUGGAGUGAAGAUGGCUGCAGGGUGAGUGCAAUGAGUACUACAUGACACAACACCUUAUGAUAAAACAAAACCACAUUGCAGCAUCCCUGCAAUCCUAGACCAGGCCAUAAUGAAAUACAUAAACCAACUGUGAUCUCCUUAGGUUGGUCCUUUAACCACGCCAUUGGCCACCCAGUGCUUAUGUACGCACUUGACCUUCUUCGGGAACUCUUUCUUUGUCAUGCCCAACCUCGUAGACGUGUCACGUACGGCUGAGCUCUUUGCCACCUUCGCCAAAAAUCCUGUGGUGGUGUGCUUUAUUGGUUCCAUCUUUGUUACUUACGUAUUGGUGGUCAUAUGGGCACGCAGGAAGGACAUCCAGGACACAACCAAGGUCUGACUUGAAAAACCACUGCUACCAUUUUAUUAUCUUUGCCGAAUAAUUUGCUGUUGAAUGUGGGAAUUUUACCUUCAACUGUUACUUGUUGUAGGUGAAGGUGACAGUUCUGGAAGAUAAUGACCCCUUGGCUGAAUACCGUUACAUGCUGAAUAUCAGCACUGGGCAUCGGCAUGGUGCUUCCACCUCCUCUCAGGUCAGUAGCAACAGUUCCCACUGCUGCAGGACAUCAUAUUCUGUUCUCUGAUAAAACCACACUCAGUGACCCUGACCCUGACCCUGUGUUGCUGCUGCAGGUUACUGUGACUCUGCUGGGCACGGAGGGAGAGAGUGAGCCACACCACCUCACUGACCCUGACAAGCCUGUGUUUGAGAGUGGUGUAGUGGAUACGUUCCUGUUGACCACACCCUUCUCCCUGGGGGAGCUGCAGAGCAUCAGGCUGUGGCACGACAACUCAGGGGGGCACCCUGCCUGGUAGGAGAGGGGGAAAAUCGAUGACCAAAGUUGAACUUUGAAGUGAAGAUGUAGGCCUUGUUGACGAUAAGAGUUUUCUUGCAGGUACAUAAACAAAGUUAUAGUGAAAGAUGUAGAGACAGGACAGAAGUGGCACUUCCUGUGUAAAUCAUGGCUGGCCAUAGAUAUGAGUGAGUGCACUGUGGAUAAGGUUUUCCCUGUAGCCACUGAGAUGGAUUUGAAGAAAUGCAGGUGAGAUAAAACUUGAAUGCACCUUGGAAUGGUAAAAUAUGAAUAACAAGAUAAUUGUCCAUUGUGUAACAAGCUUCCUAUACCGUAUAUUCUGCAGUAAUCUGUUCUUCAUGAGGACAGCAAAGGAUUUCUGUGAUGGCCACAUCUGGUUUUCUGUGAUCAGCCGGCCUCCAACGAGCACCUUCACGUGUCCAGAGAGUCUCCUGCUGUUUCUCUCUGCUGCUCUGCACCAUGCUGACCAGCAUCAUAUUCUGGGGCAUCCCUACCGACCCCUCUGA